AUGUCUGAAUCUGCCGGCGAUAAUUCAAAACUGCGAGUUGCGGUUCUAGGAGGCUGCGGCUUUAUUGGGCGGAACUUGGUGGAAUACCUUAUAAAUAAUGACUUGGUGAGCUACCUCCGAGUAGUCGACAAGACCCCGCCACAGCUCGCGUUUUUAAACCCGGUGCAUUCGAAAAUCUUCGAAGACCCCCGCGUGGAAUACAAGAGCGCCAACCUAAUAAACCCCACAUCAUGCGAGUCAGCUUUAGACCCCGGCGAUUCAUCAUGGGGUCUCGUAGUAAAUUGCGCUGGAGAAACCCGCGUAGGACAAAGCGAGGCGGUGUAUGCGGAAGGCAUCGUCACUCUAAGCUCCAACGUCGCAAAGCAGUGCUCGAAACUCAAAGUUACCAGGCUCGUUGAGAUCUCCAGCGGGCAGAUGCACAGUAGUGAUAAGCCACAAAAAGAAGACUGCCCCGUAGAACCGUGGACGGUGGAAGGACGAAUGAAGAGCAAAGUGGAGAAAGAAUUGAAGAACUUAGAGGCAGAGCUGAAUUAUACGAUCAUUCGACCUGCGAUUGUUUAUGGUAUCGGUGAUCGGCGAAGCUUGACACCCCGUCUCCUCUACGGCGGCAUAUACAAGCAUCUAGGCGAGACCAUGAAGCUCCUAUGGACAGCUGAUCUCAAGAUGAACACAGUCCACGUGAAAGACGUCUGCCGCGCCAUCUGGACCCUUGGAAGGAGACCUGAGGCCAACAAACAGAUUUACAAUGUUGUCGAUGGAGCUAACAGUACGCAGGGUAGCCUGGCAGAAUUGGUCUCCGAGAUAUUCAAAAUUAACCACGAUUAUUAUGGCACUGCUAUAUCUACGCUCGCUAAGAACGACAUAACAUCAGUAGCAGAAGAAGCGAACGACAAGCACCUCACAGCAUGGGCAGACAUCUGCCGCAAGUACAAUCUGGAGCACACACCGCUGGAGCCGAGUGUUGGGGUAGAACUGCUGCUUAACAAACAGCUGUGUCUCGACAGUAGCCGCUUGAGAAAAGUUCUGAGUCUUGACUUCCCAAAACCAACAGUCGACACCCUAUUACAGGUGUUGGAGGAUUACGCAUCGAUGAAUCUUUUCCCAAAACAACUCCUGCUAUGACGUCACACCACAGCCGAAAAGUCAUCCGUCGUAAAGUAAAAGCAUUCGAGUCAAAUUGUUUAUUUUGAAAGUAGAUUUUUAGUUUUUGCUCCUAAGAUUUUUAAAUUGUCUAUGGGACAAUAUUUUUUUUUUAUUAUAUAUUAAUUAUAUUUGACUAUUCGAAAUGGGAUGGUAGAGGAUGACAGAUGACAAAGAAAUUCAACCUUAAAUACACUGCCUACUGUCAAACCGUAUUAUAAUAUGGUUAGCUAAGAAAUUGUAGGUUUCUAACGCCAAGGAGAUCGACACAGCUCCCACCUGAUUUUUUAAACACGUAUCAGGGUUCUAGUGUACUUCGUGUUUCAACGAAACCCAUAGUUGCGGUCGUUUUCCCACUAUGGAUGCCCUACAGAUUUGUUUCGGUCGGGACUAGAACUAAGCAUAUAUGAUAACGCGAUUUGAGAGUUUCGCACGGGCCCGUCUUUUCGUUGAUGGACUUCGAGAGUAGUCCCUUAGGUCAUCCAUAGUGGGAAAACUUUAGUAACUAUAGCUCAUAUUGCUAUUGUUAUGACGUAAAACGUUUGUGUUAAUCUAUCUCUAUCAUUGCGGCGAUCUAUCUUUUUCAUUAGUGUGACCGGUCUCGUUCAUUAAGACUGCCGCCGUUAGUUGAAAAAACUUAUAUAUAUACUGCCGUCAUCAGUAAGAAAAGGCAGAUCUGACUGUAUUUUUAUUUUUUCCUAGGUGGAUAAGGUAUGAAAUUACCGUAAGAGGAAAGUGGAUUAUUUUCUAAUUUAAUUUCUUUAAAUUUCUCGGUUUAGAGUUUUUGUCACAAACACCCUUUCAACUAACGGAGGCAAU